AUGCCUAUCACGCAAGGCUUCGAGUUCUUGAUUGAAGGUGUCGACGGUGUGCCCUUUACUAAUUAUGGUACUAGGUCUUUGGGCCCGAGGAUUAUUUCCACCAAGAUUCAAGCCAAAAACGGUGUGAGAUUCAACAUUCGAAUCAAACCGCAAGCUCCGUUCCCUGACCCGGACAAUGCACCCCUCGGCAGAAGCAGGUACAACCUGAGGAGUUCCGCGCCACCAGCUGAGGUAGCAGGUGGAAGAGACGGCAUGGACUAUGAAUCAUCAAGAGCAGCUGCGGACGAAGUCGUUUAUGUCGCUUACGUGCAUGUGGAUGGCAACAAGAAACCCGAGUGCACAAGUGUUAUCGUCGUGGAUCCCGAGGACAGUGGAUACAGUAGUAAAGGUUGCUUGCUUGACGGCCGCUACUCUCUGGCGGAUGAUGCCACGACCCAGGAUCGGUCGGACGAGGACUCGACGACAAACAUAUCGAUCUCUCCAUGGGUGUUUUCAGAGAGAGGGAUCGAUGUUCUGAUGGGUCGCAUGGACAUCUCCACGGCAGAUCCUGAUAUCCCGUCAACAGCAAUGGAGCAGGAAUUGGCUGACCUUACUCAAGCAAUGAGCAAGGACAGCUUGUAUGGAGCGGCCGAAGAGAAGCGAGGAGAGAUCGAGGUUAAGAUUGUCAGAGUGGUGGAUGCUGGCGGCGUGUGCUCGGAUGCAUACUGGAAGCGAGGCAAAGAGGAGUCUCCCAAAGAUGACGACGGCAAGACACACGAUAUCACCAUCGAUAAGGAUCAAGAGCAACGCGUCAGCAUGGUCACCUGCAGAUACCGCCGGUACCGAGAAGACGAGGCAUUUCUAUGCAAAGCCAAGUUCCAAUACAUGGACAUCGCCAAACUUGUGAACCUUGGGUUAUGCAAUACCAAAGGAGAACCGAUUGAGCGUCGCCAGAACGAUGCCGUUGGCCAACCCUUGGCAAUAUCGUCUAGCGGGCAUGACUCACGACUCGGUCAAUCGAAGCGUGUUAGGGGCCUUGAGCGAGAGCAGGCCAAGCAGGGCGAGUUGGACUUGGCCAGGUACUCGUCAAGCGAGGAAGAAGGAUCGGCCUCUGACACAACGAGCGACUCUGACGUGCCUCGGCGAAAGCGUCGUGGAGCAAGCAAAAGAGGCAAGGCAACGGCAUCGAAGGAAAAGAAGACACUGAGAAGGCCAGGGCCGGCAAAAGUCAACGCAUCAGCCGACAACCUCAGUAUGGUGCCAAAGCUCGGGGAUAAGGCGCGGGUAGCAAACUUUCUGCAGCUCGAGCCUGCGUCGAACAACCGAGAGCCAGAGACCGACGCAGCCAUCGAACAGUUGCAGCUUGUAAAGGCAGAUUUUGAAGGCAAGGGCUGA